AUGGAGACGACGGCGACAACGGAGACAACGGCAACUCCGGUGACAAAUGCAGCAGGGAAGCCGUACCAUGCCAAGCGCCCGCACCGCAAAUCGCGGACGGGGUGCCGCAACUGCAAGGCGCGCAAGGUCAAGUGCGACGAGGGCCGCCCGGCAUGCCGCAUGUGCACACUCCGGCGCGAGACGUGUGUGUACAUGGCCGCGCCGAAACGCGCACCCCGCAGCACCAGCUCGUCGUCGCCCACGCCUUCACGAGACGGGGACGCGGCCGCCCUGGAGCAGAGGUGCUGCACCUCUGCCGUCGUCCCGCAGCCCCAGUUCAGGCCCGGCGGGCACGACGAGACCGACAUGCGGCUGCUAUGGUUCUACACGACCGCCACUUACUCCUCCUUCUCGACCGGCCAGCUGAAGGAACGGAACGUGGACGUGAUCCUCAAGGUGAACGUCGUGCAGCACGCCUUUGCCAACCGCUUCCUGAUGGACACCAUCCUCGGGCUCUCGGCCAUGCACAUCAACCAUCUCGGCAUCAGGAACCUGGGCAUCUCCCGCUCGCUCGAGCUCCAGUACCGAGCAAGGGCCUUCGAGAACUUCCGAAAGGCCGUCGAGGCCGCCGACCCCAGCACCUACCCGGCCCUGCUGAUCACCUCCCUCUUCCUGUGCGGCCUGUCGACCCACGUAUUCCGGGGCGAGGAAGCCCGGCCGUUCGCCGUCCUGGACUGGAUGAAUCUGUGGAAGGGCAUCGGGACCAUCAUCGAACUCAUCCGCUCCCAGCACGAGCAGCUGUUCAGGACGAGACUCGGAUCCCUUGUCUUCCGGCCCGCGGUCGACCUGGAUGCGUCAGCCCGCUGUAUCCCCAACCAACUCCUCCUCAUGAUCGCCUCCAUCAAGGAGGGCGAUCCCGACUUCCCCCUGUCCCAGGUGUAUUACAGGGCCCUGCAGCUCCUCGGCUCGCUCUACCUCGAGCUGAGAAACGGCUUCACCCCGUUGCUGUUUCUCCGUAUCGUCACCUUCUUCACCUUCUUCCCCAACUCCCUGAUCAGACCUGCGAGAGAGAUGCGGCCGCGUGCGUUGGUCAUCAUUGCCCACUAUCUCGUUUUCACAAGGUUCAAGGCCAACCACUCUUGGUGGAUCGAAGACAUUGCCCAGUAUGAGAUCCCCAACAUCUGCAGCUUCCUCGGACCCGGAUGGGAGGAUUUGCUGCGCCUCCCCAUCGCUUCUCUGUACACCGAGGAUAAUACGGCACUGGCCAGGCUGUUGCUGGGCGACCCCUCCUGGCACCCGCCGUCCAAGAUAGAACAGGUGCCAGCUCCGUCCCUCUAUGAAGAAAGAGAGCUCGCGAUUCGGACCGUCAAGGCCGAAGAAACCGCGGAGGAGGCAAGAGAAUACCUUGAAAACUAUGCUGCAGAUGAGUUCUGCUGA